AUGUCUGAGUUCUGUCCCGUCUACGCGCCCUUCUUUGGUGUCAUGGGCUGCACCAGCGCCAUUGUCUUCACCAGUAUUUACGGUACUGCGAAGUCGGGAGUUGGCAUUUCCGCCAUGUCCGUCCUCCGCCCGGAUCUCAUGAUGAAGUGCUCCAUCCCGUCAUCAUGGCUGAUCUACGGCCUGGUCGUGUCCGUGCUCAUCUCCGGCAACCUCAGCAUGGAAAUGACCCUCUUCCAAGGUUUCGUCCAGCUUGGCGCCGGUCUGGCUGUGGGUCUCGCCGGUCUUGCUGCGGGCUUUGCCAUCGGCAUCGUUGGUGACGCUGGUGUACGGGGCACCGCGCAGCAGCCCAGGCUCUUCGUCGGCAUGAUCCUCAUUCUCAUUUUCGCCGAGGUCUUGGGUCUGUACGGUCUCAUUGUUGCUCUCAUCAUGAACUCGCGAGCGGGUGACUCGGCGGGCUUGUGUGCUCUGGGCUCACCCUCUGGCCAGUGCCACCCGUAA